AUGCAGAAAAGCAUUGUACUAAGUGCUUGUCAGUUAUUGGUUGUGGGCUUCCUCACUACUGCACUUUCUGGAACACGCCAUGAAAAUUUGAGAAGAAUGGCUGCCUCUGAUCCCAUUGGUGCAGAGCAAGUUGCAGCAACAGUUUUGGCAUCAAAAAGUGCAUCUCCUCAUGGCACCAUCAGACUCAGUCAACCUUGUGGAAAGUUAUUGCCAUUGAGAAAAGGACCUUCAUCAGCACAGCAACUUUUCAAAGAGCCUCUCACAACGCAGAAUAUGGUUCAAAUUCAGCAGAAUAUAGGACUUUCAAACAAUGGGAUGAGAAAACUUGGAUCGGCACUAAAUCAAAUCAGUCCUAUCAGAUUGGUGGAGCCAAGUUUUCAGCAAAAAUUUGCUCAAGCAGGCCAAAAACUUUGUGAUCACUUCACUGUGAGCAGCAUCACUCUUGCUGAAAACAAUCAAAUAUCCCAAGUUCUGCAUUGUCAAAACCUCAGUAGUCUUAGUGAUGUCUUCUUAGCAUCAAGAAAGAUGACAGAUUCUGCAAUUUUGAAACUAGGGAUUGAUGGUGGAGGAUCUUUUUUGAAAGUCAGCUUCACACACAUCAUUGUGGAUGAAGAUGAGACACCGCCACAUAGCCCACUGCAGAAAACAAUCAAAUUGAUGUCUCCACAAACAACUAAAUCAACAAGUGUCAAGCAGCAACUACUGGUAGCAAUUGCACAAAACACUCCAGAGAACUACCAUAAUCUGAAGUUGGCAAAUAUUCUGUGUGGCAUUCAAUCCCAUAGCAGCAAAUACCUAUGUUGUUGGUGUGAUGUUUCGUCUUUAAACCUCCAAAACUGUGGAAGUCCUCGAACUUUUGGCGAGAUUAGGAGACAACAUUUUGAAUUCAUCAACGCAGGAGGAGAUACAAGAAAAUCAAAGGAGUUCAAAAAUGUCAUUCACGUACCAUUGGUUGAUUUUCCUGAUCACAAGCUUGUGCUUGAAGCUAUCCCUCCAAUGGAGCUCAAUUUGUUACUUGGAGUAGUAAAGCAUUUGUAUAAAAAUCUUUGCAAAAUUUGGCAAGGGGCCGAGGAAUGGCCAGCUUCACUUCAUAUUCCUAUUCAGCCCUACCAUGGUGGACAUUUCAAUGGAAUGACUGCAUGA